AUGGCAGCAGUGUUAGAACAUGGAACUGAUGAGUUGAGGGGAUGUAUGAAAUUGGCAAGGUUAUUAGAUCCAACAGUACCUAAGUGCCAUAUCGUGAUGAGAAACUGUGAUAUUCACCAGCUCAGAGAGAAACUUCCUCAUGACAUGGUAUGGCAACAAAAUUGGCACCACAAUUCCAUCCUCUCCUUCACUGUUCCUAAAACGUCCAAAGAAGCUAACAAAAGGUAUAGCCCCAGCAGGCCCUCCCUAGAUAGGACUCCCCCACCCAAAAUCUAUAUCAUAGAACCCCCACAUGAGUAG